AUGGCGGAUGAUUUACAAAAAUUUAUUGAAGAACAGAAGGCCAAGUUGGCACAAGAUAAGGCAGAACUUGAAAAUGAUCCACCUUACAUGGAAAUGAGGGAUAAGGAAUCAGAGAAGCUUUCUGAGAUGAGCAAAAUGUUAAUCUCCAUGGCAAAAGAAAAUAUACCUCCAAAUAGUCAACAGAACUGUCCUUCAGGUGACUAUGGCUUGAGUUUACCUCUUGGAGAAGAAUAUGAACGAAAGAAACAUAAACUUAAAGAGGAACUUCGACAAGAUUAUAGACGAUAUCUUUCUCAGGGCAUUUCACAGGCAAAAAGAAAGAAAAAUUAUCUGACUACUGGUGAAGUAAAUCCAUAUACUCAGGGAUUAUCUCUUCCUAUUGAUGAGCGAAGGUCUGCCAAGGAGAAACUACGGCUUGAAAGAAACAAGGAGUACAAUCAAUAUCUCAGGGAUAAAGAAGAAUGGAAUGAAAGGCUAAGAAAAUUAGGGAAGAAAAACACAGAGAAUGAGGUGGACAGGAAUAAAAAAACAAUUGCUGUUACCAGAUUCCAGCCAGAACUACGUACAGAAGUACAGCCCUAUAAUACAGGUGCAGAACCUCCCAAGAAAGAUGCCUUUACUUCCACAGAAGGUUAUGAAGAGUGGCUAAAUAAGAGGUGGCUGGAGGAAAACAGGUAUCAUAGGCUAGAUGAUGAAGUUGAAUUAGGAAGUCGACUAUUAAAUAAAAGACUCAAUGAAGAUUUGGAUGUUCCCAGUCGAAGACAUUGUGGUUUUGCGAGUCAAGCUGUAAUCCCUAUUAGGAAGCACCACAGACUUGAAGAAGAUAGUGAUUUUGGUAGAAGAUACUACAGAAUGGACUACGAUCCUGAGAUAAGUGAAGAUACGGACCCUAGACUGAGAUGUCAAAGUGCUUAUGACAGGAAGGCUCCUCGGAAUUUUUAUGCUGAAAGGCCCUAUCUGGAUGGAGUAGUAAGAGAUCAACCUGCAGAUUAUGAAGAUGAAUUAAGGGAGAGAGCAUGUGUGCAGCAGAUCUCAAGAACUGGAAAUUCUAGAAAUCAGGUACAAAUUAGUUCUUCAGCUAAUGAACAGGCCAAGUCUGCAGCUACACUGCCGUAUGCAACAGGCCUUGCUUUUGGUGGUCAGGACCAAGAACUUCUCCAAAGGAAAAAAGAGAAAUACAGGCAAGAACUAAUAGAACAGAUGGCUGAGCAACAGCAAAAUAAGAGACGUGAGAAAGAACUUGAGCUCUUAGUUGCUGCUUCUGGAGCUCGAGAUCCAGAGAAGGACCUAAGUGAUGAGGAGCCGAGUAGAUGGAAGCAGUUUGGCUUGACAAUGAGAAAUUCUAGAGAGCAAGUAUCUCCUGAAAGGCCCAGAGUGGCUUUCCAAACUCCGGUGCCCGUUCCUUCAGCCUCUCCAUUCAAUGAAGACUUUCACAGGGGGAUAGCCAGCACUCUUGGGGAAAUAGCAGCUCCCAGGCUUGCACCAGUGCCACCGCCUCCACCACCAGUUUUGAUGCACGACCACAGAACCCCUUAUAAUGAUGCAUAUUACUUUUAUGGGGCUAGGAAUCCUUUGGAUCCCAAUCUUGCAUACUAUGGUACAGGUAUAAUGGGAAUGCAACCCACACCUUAUCUGGACACUCCUUUAGGCCAAGUCCCAGUAGAGCAAUCUGUAGGUAACGUUGGACAGUGGAAUACAGGAGACAGAAAAAGAAGCAUAGGAGUAUUUUCUGAAGAAGCAAAGCCUUCCAAAGAGGCAGCAUCAUCGUAUCAACAAGAACUACAACAGCAGAUAAAAGACAGAGAGCAACGUCACAGGCAAGAGAAAGAGGAUAAGAAACGUUACGAAGCCCAGUUACAAGCAGAAAUGAGGAAAUACAACCCCUGGGGAAGAGGUGGUGGUGGUGCUCCUCUCAGGGAUGCAGAAGGAAAUCUGAUAGCUGACUUGAGUAUGAUGCGCAAGAAAACUGGAGAUGCAUGCCAUAAUCCCCAGGCAAGACUAGAUGAAGAUAAAAGGGCUGUUGAAUCUGUUGACCUUAAUCGGGCCUCCCCAAGACCUGAGAACACAGAAGCAUCUACAAAUAAAAUAGCAGGUUUUACUUUGGCACAGUCCUCUCCUUUUGCCCGAGGUAAUGUGUUCCGUGAACCACCAUCUCCAGAGCAUGUGAAGCGACAGGAGUCCUACAGGAACUUUCUUUGUCUGCAGAUGGAGGAAAAGAGACGCAGGCAACAAGCAGAGCGAGAAAACCGUAGAAUAGAAGAAGAAAAAGAUGCACAACGUGCAGCUGAGGGGAGGAUGAAAAUUCAAAAAGAAUAUGAAGAUGAAUUAGAACAGAAAAGAAAGAAAGAGGAGCAAAGAUUGCAAAGGGAAGAAAAAAUUCGAUUAGAGGUAGAGAGGAGAAAAGAGGCAGACAAAAGAAGAAAAGAUACAGAAAAGCAAGAUGAGCAACUUAGACAAAAUGUUGAUAAAGAAAAGAUGGAAGAGGAGAAGAGAAUGGCAACCAUCAAGGCAGCCCUCUCCUGUCAUUCCUGUCAGAACAAAUCAAUAAGAAAAGAAGAAAGGAUUCCCUCUGCUGAGAGCCAUAUCUCUUCUGCACAAGAUCUUCCACAAUCAAGGGCUCCUUCUCCACCUGUCCCUGCUAUAAGAAAUCAGCUGCGUGCAGUUGGGGAAAAAAGGAACGUCGUAAAUGACUUAUUAGAGAUGAGGAAGCGGCUCCAUACUGAAGAGAGGCAACUGCAGAAACAGUCACAAAAUGCAGUCACUGGUGAUGAGGUACCAAUUACACGUGGGAGGAGAGAGAAGAAUCCAAAGGACAUAUUUGAGAUGGGCAGGCUGCAGGCUCCAGUAAGGCCACCUUCAGCAAAGGAAGCACAAGCUCCUGUCAAUAUACAGAAUAUCUGGGAAUUUAAUGAACUUAAAUACAAAGAUUCUGAAACACGUAUGGGCUUGAGACACAUGUAUCCUGAUCCUCCAAAAGAUGACCAGAGUCUAGAGAUUCAACAGCAGGCACUGUUGAGGGAGCAGAAGAGGAAACUUGACAGACUGAGAAUGAGAAGAGAAACAGAAGAUGAUUCUGCUUCUGGCUGUAGCCCACAAACCAUGGAAGGGCUCAGGAAUGAAUCUGUUGAAUGCUUGAAAAAUUCACUGUUGGAAUCAGAUAGUGCUUUUAUUGAUGCUAAUGGGGAAGUGUUUCCUGCCUCACGAGAAAUCAGUUUAUCACCACAGCUUCUUUCUUCUGCAAGGGAGAGGAGACGAAUGAAGCAGAGAGCUCUGGAGUGUGCAGAGGAUGUUCCCCUGGGCCAGACACCAUUGCUGCAGCCUGACAGCUUUUCUUUGCACUCGAGCUUCAGCCUCGACAUCGAUCAGUUGAAAGGUAGGAAUGAAGAACGAUUGUGGAGACUGACUGACCAACAGCAGAAAUCUGCUCACUUAGGUGAAGACAUCUCCUUGGGAGAAGCAGAUGACCUUUUGAAGCACACUCCACCCAACGCUGGCAGACGGCCCAGUUCUGUUGACACAGUUGCAACAGAGCGCUGGCUGCGACCAGGAACUUCAGAGACCCUCCAGCAGCUCAUGGCUGAGCAGUCCAGCCCAGCAAAGCUGUCCCCUGAAGCCAGGCUGCAGCUCAGCUGGCAGGGCCUCUCCACUGCCCAUGGCUGA